GUCAGAGCGAUCUGAGUAAUAAAAGCCUUGCCAUCACCUCGGAUUCAGAUUUCACGACGACACUUUCUUAAAGACCCACUGAGAAACAAAAUGUAAUUGCAACAUUUUUGACUUGAUCAGUUUCUAUGCCAGGUGACUUUCCAGGGAUUAUAACAUAAAUUUCAGAUUAUUUGAUUAGAGGAAGCAGCCCAAAAAAUAGUACUUUUGUAGUAGUUUUGUACAUAAAAUUCCAUGAGUCAUCGUUCAAUUUUUUGUCAUUGAAUAGAAAAUCACCAAGAUUGGAAACAUGCAGUCAUCCAAACUCAACAGCUGGUCUUUGUUUUUUCCGCUUUCAGGUAAUAAUCACACCAUUUUCUAAUGUGGCUCAUCCAUUAGUUGUAGCAGCUCUGCCCACAGUGCCCUGGUUAAACAUUAGGUACUCUGGUGCAUAAAAGCUCAGACGGCUGUAGUUUUAACAGUAGUGCUUGUAGAUGUAGGUCAAGACUAAAAAGGUACGCCGAUGGAUUCUAGGCAACGGUUUGGUAAAUACAGAGUGGAGAGGGAAAUCCUGGAUGAGCAGAGAUUGGAAGAUGUAACACAAAGAAAAACCUACGCAGACAUCCACCCAUCUCUAACGGAGCGUUUAAAAAACUCUUUAAGAUGUUCGGUACCUAAACUGAAGCGAAGUGUGGUGAGCAGCUUUCCUGUCUUGUACUGGCUGCCCAAGUACUCCAUCUGGGACUAUGGGAUGCCUGACCUCGUCUCUGGGAUAAGUGUGGGCAUAAUGCAUCUGCCACAAGGUAUGGCGUAUGCAUUGCUGGCUUCUGUCCCUCCUGUCUUUGGUCUCUACACAUCUCUCUUUCCUGCAUUGGUCUACUUCUUUUUUGGAACAUCUCGACAUAUUUCCAUUGGGACAUUUACCAUUCUCAGCAUCAUGGUGGGUAGUGUAACAGAGAGACUUGCUCCAGAUGAAGAUUUCCUUAAAAGAAAUGGGACUAACUUUACUGCAGAGGUGGACAUAUCUGCCCGGGACUCUUACAGGGUACAGGUGGCAGCUGCUGCUACCGUCUUAGGAGGAGUCAUUCAGGUGUUAUUAGGCGUGGUAAAGUUUGGAUUUGUUGGGACGUACCUGUCUGACCCUUUGGUGAGGGCCUACACGACCGCGGCGGCAGCACAUGCAGUGGUGGCACAAUUGAAACACAUCUUUGGAGUGUCCCCAACACGGGUUUUUGGACCUAUGUCAGUGGUGUAUACUCUUGUAGAUGUUUGCUCCCUGCUGCCACAGACGCAUCUCCCCACACUGGUUGUCAGUUCUGUGACGAUUGUCCUUCUGAUUGCAGCCAAAGAGCUGAACUCGUUCUUCAGUGCAAAGCUGCCGGUGCCCAUUCCUGUGGAGCUCAUCACAAUUGUGGCAGGGACAUUGACGUCGUCUUACGCCCACCUAAACACCAACUACACUGUUUCAGUUGUUGGAGAGAUACCAAGUGGGUUGAGUUCUCCCAGUGUGCCAGACGUGAGCAUUUUUAGAAAAGUUAUUGGUGAUGCAUUUGCGCUGGCCAUUGUCGGAUAUGCUGUAUCCAUUUCUCUUGGAAAAACGUUUGCAUCGAAACACGGAUACAAGGUUGACAGUAACCAGGAGCUUGUGGCUCUUGGUCUCAGUAAUGCAGUGGGAGGCUUCUUCCAGUGUUUCUCUGUCUGUCCCUCCAUGUCUCGAAGUUUGAUCCAAGAAACCACCGGGGGUAAAACUCAAAUGGCUGGAGUGGCCUCAGCUCUAAUUGUUUUAGUUACGAUACUAAAACUUGGACCACUGUUCCAAGAGCUGCCAAAGGCCAUCCUUGCAUCCAUUGUGUUAGUAAAUUUAAAGGGCAUGUUCAAGCAGUACUCUGACAUUGUUACACUGUGGAAGAGCAGCAAGAUUGAUCUGGUGGUCUGGUUGGUCACGUGGGUGUCAAGUCUGCUACUCAACCUGGAUAUGGGUCUGGCUGCAUCAAUCAUCUUUGCUGUGUUCACAGUUAUUUUCAGAACUCAGAUGCCAACAUACUCGGUUCUUGGAAAUGUUCCAGGCACAGAACUGUAUGUGGAUAUAGAGACACACAGAGAGGCAAAAGAAAUCCCAGGUGUUACUAUAUUCCGCUCUUCUGCUACAAUGUAUUUUGCAAACGCUGAACUUUAUCUUGACGCCCUGAAAGAAAAGAGUGGGCUCGACAUCAGUAAAAUGAUUAUCUAUAAGAAGAGGCAGGAGGCCAAAAUGAGAAGAAGAGAAAAAAGGGCUGAGCGACGGGCUAAGAGGCAGGCUAGGAGAGAGAAACGAGCACAAAAAGCAGCUAAGCAGCUUUCUGGACCAUCGGAGUGCUUGGUGGAGGAGGAAAUUGGAAGCUGGAAAGACACAAAUAUAGAUGAGACUGACAAGGAGGGGCAUGGCUUGGCUGAGCGGGAGAAUGGGACAGUGUUUGUGAUCCCGACCACUCCCCGAACGCCGGAUGGUGAGUCCAGAUGGGAGUAUCUUAAAGGAGGCGACCCAGAUUGCACCAGUAUAGACUGGAUGUCAGAGGAGCAGGAUGGAGACACCACCACUCUGGGCUCCAGCAACGAGGACACCGUGAGUCGUGAUCUGGAGCGCGUCUCUCUUGGGUCUCUGGGCAAGUGGACUUGGGACAUUCAUUCUAUUAUCCUUGACCUUUCACCAUCUAACUUCAUUGACACUGUGGCUAUAAAGACGUUAAAAAAUAUAUUCCAGGACUUCAGCGAGAUUGAUGUGGAUAUCUACGUCACCGGGUGUCAAGCAACCGUGGUGGAACAGUUAGACCAUGGUGACUUUUUUUCUGAGACAAUAACGAAGCAUCAUCUGUUUGCGUCCGUUCAUGACGCUGUGCUCUUCUGUCUCAACAACCGUGGAGCUACGUCAUUCCCCAGAUAUGACCCAACAGUGGACCCACACAGCAGCACACAAUUUUAGAGCCUUCAGGAUAUCGGGAAGAUCUAGCAAAAUCUGUGACUUUUUGUUUCUUCUUUGAAGUUAAUGUUUGUAAACGUUGCAAACUGAAGUUAACCCUUUGAUGCAUAAUGGUCACUACAGUGGACAGGUACUCAAAAUUGUUAUUUAUUUAUUUUUGCUAUUAAGCACAGCUGUUGAAGACUUUAUUGCAUUUGAGCCCCUCCAUUUGGACUUCAGCAAGUCAAGCCAACAUAUUUCAUGUUCAGAAUGCAUGCUGUCCACUGAGGUGGACAUGUAAUAAAUUAUUUGUAAAUUAACAAAAUGUUACAAAAGAUAUUUGUUGAAAUUUGUUUCAUUCACACAAAGAUGAAUGACAAAAAUUGUUUAAAAAAUCAUGGUUGAAGAUUUCAUAAUUCAUGCAUCAAAGGGUUAAAACAACUGACAAAAUAAGAUGAGUUACUUGUAUUUUAAUGCAAAGUUUUUAUUUUAUUGUUGACUUGGUGAUGUUUAUACAUUACACUGUUUAAAAACAAAGAACAUUUAUUUGAUUUGAUUUGAUUCAGUGAGGAAAAGACAUGUGAUUUUUCAAACAAUCACUUUGAUAAAUAAAUGAAACCAAACCUGAA